AUGUCCGCUUUUUCUUCCUCCAAUUCUCCUCACCAUCCCACGAGACAAACCUCAACAGCAUCAAUCGCCCAGCAUGUCCACCUUCGGACACUACUUCCGGUUACAACCGCUGGCGAGUCCCACGGCAAAUCCGUCUCUUGCAUCGUCGACAACUGCCCACCGGGCCUUGCCCUCGUCGAAGACGACAUCCAGCCUCAGCUAAACCGCCGGCGACCAGGCCAAUCGGCCAUCACCACGCCGCGUAAUGGAAAGGACAGAGUCACCAUCCACUCCGGCACAGAAUUUGGCCGCUCGGCACCUUGA